ACUACGACAACCAGUGCAGCUCCUACUACAACAACUACAACAACUACAACUUCAGCUCCUACGACAACCACAACAACAGCACCUCCAACAACUGCUGCUCCUACGACCACUGCAACUCCACGACCUACUACGACAACCAGUGCAGCUCUUACUACAACAACUACAACUUCAGCUCCUACGACAACCACAACAACAGCACCUCCAACAACUGUAGCUCCCACGAUAACUGCAGCUCCUACAACAGCUUUAGCAUCUACGACAACCACUGCAGCUCUAACAACAACAACUGCUGCUCCUACGACCACUACAGCUCCAGAACCUAUUACGACAACCACUGCAGCUCCUGCUACAACAACUACGACUUCAGCUCCUACGACAACCAGUGCAGCUCCUACUACAACAACUGCUGUUCUAACGACCACAGUGACUGCAGCACCUUCUACAAUAACUACAACUUCAGCUCCUACGACAACCACAACAACAACUGUAGCUCCCACGACAACUGCAGCUCCUACAACAGCUUUAGCAUCUACGACAACCACUGCAGCACUAACAACAACAACUGCUGUUCCUACGACCACUACAGCUCCAAAACCUAUUACGACAACCAUUGCAGCUCCUGCUACAACAACUACAACGUCAGUGCAGCUCCUACUACAACAACUGCUGUUCUAA